GAAAAUGGCGUCUCUUUCCGCUCGGGGGAAAUGCGAAUCUAUACAUCUCGUGUCCAUCCAUAUGUAUGUAUCUAUGUAGGCGUAUAUAUAUAUUGAGACUCGAGAUCCGACGGAGCAAAAUCCAGAGAGAGAGAGAGAGGGAGAGAGAUGGUGGGUGUUCAGUUGCAGAGUUGGCGGCCUUCGAUGCUACUACCUUCACGAGUUUCCAGAGUGAAUCGGAUCCCAUCUCCCAACAGGAGUUUGUGGCUACACGCUUUGCCUCUGCAUGGGUUUAAGACUUAUAGACACCGAGCAGGGGAAAUUAAAGUCAGUUUACAAAGGACAGGAGACAAGAUGCAGACUAGCACCAGCCAGGCUUUACCCCAAGAUUCUUUCUCCAAAUUAAAUGCCGUGGAGCCACAGGUUAUCUUUCAGAUUCAUCAAUAUAAAUUUGUGAUUGGAUCACUGCCAUUGUAUCUCCUGUUCAGAACAGUUGAAAAGAUGGUCCAGGAGUUACUUCCUCGUUUCAUUCACAGUUCUGUGGGUGCUGGAUUGCCUUUUGCUUGUGCAUCCAACUCUUUAAAUAAACCAGUCCCUCUCAAGUUGGACGUGUGCUUUCCUUCUUUUCACGAUCUCAAAUGGAAUCUUGCAAGGUUGCUUUACCUAUUCAAUAUUCAGCUCGAGAAGAACAUUGCUACGUUUCUCGUGGUGCUCCUGAUGGCAUGCAUAUCCUUUGUCGUAAUUGGCGGUCUCUUGUUUUUCCAAUUCAGGAAAAAAACUCAGCCCAUAGAAGACUGCUUCUGGGAGGCAUGGGCUUGUCUCAUUUCAUCAUCUACUCACCUGAAGCAAAGGACACGCGUUGAGAGAGUCAUCGGGUUUGUUCUAGCCAUAUGGGGAAUAUUGUUCUACUCUCGACUUUUGAGUACAAUGACAGAACAGUUUAGGAAUAAUAUGCAAAGGCUGAGGGAGGGGGCACAAAUGCAAGUCCUAGAAACUGAUCAUAUCAUCAUUUGUGGAAUAAACAGUCAUUUGACCUUCAUACUGAAGCAACUGAACAGAUAUCACGAGUAUGCUGUCCGUUUAGGUACUGCUACAGCUAGGAAGCAGAGAAUUCUUCUGAUGUCGGAUAUUCCGAGGAAGCAGAUAGACAAGCUAGCAGAGACGUUUGCAAAAGAUUUUAACCAUAUUGACAUUCUUACGAAGAGUUGUAGUCUUAACCUGACAAAAUCAUUUCAGAGAGCUGCCGCUGAUAAAGCACGUGCCAUUAUCAUACUUCCAACAAAAGGUGAUCGGUAUGAAGUUGAUACAGAUGCAUUUCUCUCUGUAUUAGCCCUUCAACCUAUUCCAAAUAUGGAAUCUGUUCCCACCAUUGUUGAGGUGUCAAGUUCUAAUACAUACGAUCUCCUCAAGUCCAUUUCGGGGCUUAAAGUGGAGCCAGUUGAAAAUCUUACAUCUAAGUUGUUUGUUCAAUGUUCGCGUCAAAAGGGCCUUGUAAAGAUCUACAGACACUUGCUAAAUUAUUCAAAAAAUGUAUUUAACAUGUGCAGCUUUCCUGAUCUAGCUGGGAUGACUUAUCGGCAGUUAAGACUGGGUUUUCAAGAGGUUGUAGUCUGUGGCCUUUUACGAAAUGGGAAAGUAAAUUUCCACCCAAGUGACGGAGAAACACUCCUGGAAACCGACAAAGUAUUAUUUAUUGCACCUCUCAAUUGGAGAAAGAAGAAACUCUCAUAUACAGAAACCAAAGAUGAAAAAGUUGCAAACGAUGAUAGUGAUUCUCAAAAGCAAGUCUUGGAGGCAAAAAGAGCUCGACUAAAGAAGAUUAUGAUGCGUCCUAGUAAGCCCAAAUCAAAGGGAUCAGAAUUGAGCAAAGGACCUAAAGAAUGCAUACUUUUGCUUGGUUGGCGAAGAGAUGUUGUUCAGAUGAUUGAAGAGUUUGACAACUAUCUUGGCCCAGGCAGUGUAUUGGAGAUAUUAUCCGAUGUACCGUUAGAGGACAGGAAGAAAUCAGACAAUGGUUCAGUAGGGAAAAUUAGAAACGUCCAUGUUUCUCAUAGGGUUGGAAAUCCUAUGAACUAUGACACGUUAAAGGAAACUAUCAUGCAUGUUCAAAGUUCGUUCAGGAAAGGUGAAGAUAUUCCUUUAUCCAUCCUUGUAAUAUCCGAUAGAGACUGGCUUCUUGGAGAUCCGUCCAGGGCUGACAAGCAAUCUGCUUACUCUCUUCUGCUCGCGGAGAGUAUCUGCAAUAAACUUGGUGUGAAGGUACAAAAUUUAGCCGCCGAAAUUGUUGACUCGAAACUUGGGAAGCAGAUAACAAGAAUCAAACCGUCACUGACUUAUAUCGCAGCAGAGGAAGUGAUGAGUCUUGUCACAGCACAAGUGACGGAAAACAGUGAACUGAGCGAAGUGUGGAAGGACAUACUGAACGCAGAGGGUGACGAAAUAUAUGUAAAGGACAUAAAGCUGUACAUGAAAGAGGGCGAGAAACCCUCAUUUGCUGAGCUCUCGGAGAGGGCGUGGCUAAGGAAAGAAGUCGCUAUAGGAUACAUCAAAGGCAACAAGAAGGUAAUCAAUCCGGUACCGAAGAUGGAAGCCCUGGACUUAGCAAUGACAGAUUCGUUGAUAGUUAUAUCGGAGCUGGAAGGAGAACAGCCCAUCAUAUUGCAGUCGAAGUAGAGGCUUCAUCCCAAUCUUCAUAUGCUGCAUAUGAUUCUUUCUUCAGAUGGUGAAACAGGUCAGGCAAUAAAAUGAGCAUUCUGCUUCUUUCCCUCUUGCAAAAGAAUCAUACCCCGACCAGGUUGCCCCUCAUAGUCUGAAGCACAAGCCGAUUAAGUCUUCUUCUUCUGUCUUUUAAGACUGUCCAAAUGUGGACUGAUUACUGUUUUUUUU